AUGGGUGCGGCCGAGUGGGUGUGCGGGGCCGUGCGGCAGCUCCAGCAGCACCUUGGUUCCAGCACAGACGCGGAUGAGCUCCGCCGCUCCUUGAGGCUGCUCUCCCGCCUGCCCAUGACGCCGGAGAUCCUGGCGGCCACGGGUGUCAGGGGGACGCUGGAGGCCUUGAGCAAGCACCAGCAGGUGGGCAGUGUGGCCAAGGAGCUGGCCGAGCGCUGGGAGAUCUUGGCUGUGCCGAGCCACGCGUCAGAGGCUCGCAGCCAGGUCCCGGAGCGGGCGGUAGCUCCGGAGCCCACGGGGGAGGAUCUGGGGCAGGGGGAGAGGAACGGGGCGCAGGAGCGGGAGAUGGGGAAGGCAUCCACCGCGGAUCAGUGCUGUCCCAGUGGGGCAAGGGACCCACUGCAGGCGGGAAGCCAGGAGCGCCUGGCCUCCAGCACCGAAGGGGACGCACUGCGCAAGAUCCUGAGGCUGCUGUCCAUCCUGCCCAUCACGGCGGAGAUCCUGGCCACCAUGGGAGAAGUUCUGGAAUCACGGGAACGGAAGCAGAAGCGGAAGAGGUGGAGCUUGGCAGGUGCGGAUCCUUCUUCUCAGAGCAGGGCCGAGGAGCCUCGGGGCCCAGGAUACCAGGCGGCGGAGGGGGCUUGGGGAGCCGCGCGGCAGCUCCAGGAGCGCCUGGCCCGGCUGGUGCCGGCGCUCCUGGGGCAGGACCCCAAGCGUGAUGGCGCUCAGGAGCCCAGGCAGGAUGGCCCCAUGCAGUUGGAGUGGGCUGAGUGGGAAGAGCUGAUGAAGGAGGCAGGGGUGGUUCUGGAAUCCCCGGAGAGGGUCCCGACGAGUAGCGAGGUCAAGGGAGACCAGGCGGGCAAGCUGGUUCUUGUUGAAGCUCCUGAUCCCGCCCGAGAGGAGCCAACGGUGCCCCCCGAGGGCGAACCACCGGAUUUCCCCAGGGGGCCAGUCGAUGCCGCCGGUGGUGCCCGGACACCCCGCGUUCUGUUCGAGCUCGUGCCCGAGCCUCGUCCCGCAGCUCAGCACCCCAGUCCUGGCAACGGUCACAGCAGGACCAUGGCACCCGGCGGCACAGACAGGCUGUGGCAAGUCCGCUGCAGAAAGGAGUUUAAGGAGGCCACCCCCGCCCCGGGCGAGUCCUGGCAGGAGCUUUUCGUGCGGCUGCGCCAGGAGCGGGAGCAGCGUCUGCAGGCCGUGAGCGCCAGGAUCCGGGCUGCCCAGGCCCAGGAGAGCGGGAGACGCCGGGCACAGAUGCUCCUGCACCCGCUUCCCCAGAAGCGCCCUCGCCGCG